GUGCAGCAAAUCACUACUGUAUUUCGUGUAUGUAAACAAACAGGGAAGGAAGUGUGUUGUGUUGAUGGUUGUGUGUUUUUGUGUGAGAAGUUAUCGUAAUUGAUGAUCAGGUUUUUGAAAAAUGAAUUACACCUCUGUAGUGUCUCCACGAGUAUUUAAAGCUAUUCAGAACGUUGAUGUAGCUGAACUUUCAAAAUGUACCUCGAAAGAAAUCCGACCUAUUCUGCCAUGCCUGGUACGAAUGAGCUUAAUCUCCCCCCAUGACAUCACGAGAGACUGCGCGGAAGGCAGAAAGGAAAUUUUGACGCUUCUAUCGGGGAUUGAACAUGUCAACUCCAUCGUUGCACUCUUAUCCAUUGAUUUUCAUGCAUUGGAGAGUGACGUAAAAAAAGAGCAACAAUUGAGGCAGAAGUUGGGAAGUUCUCAAUCGGAUAGCAUACUUAUUCAGUCACUACAAAAUGGGCUGGCACUGGAAUUCGAGCGCAGCGACUCAACUCGAAGACUCCGGCUUGUACUGAGUGAAUUGUUGUUCAUAUCGUCACAGAUUCAUGAGCAACAACGGGGACCAGACUUUUAUGUAAAACAUUCUGAUUUAUUUGACAAUGCUGUAUACAUUGAGGAAGUCUGUGAUGUAAUUUGCAUUGCACUUGCAGAACUUCCAGCAGUCUUAAAUACUUUGGAUAUUGUGGAAACACUUUUACAUAUUAAGAAUGGCCCUGAAAUCAUUUGUUGGAUAGUUGCAAAUUCACCAGACUGCUUCAGAGAAGUUUGCACAAGUCUCAUAGCAAAUGGUGAACGUCAAGAAGAAGACAAUGUUGGGAGCAGAACAAGAAUACAAGCACUUAGCAUGCUUUGUCAGAUGAAUCCCUCCCAAGCCCUUGCCAUCAGAGCUAAAUGUGUGGAGCUGUGUCGACUUCCAGGCCUCGCCAUCACACUAAGUCUAGAACAUGCUGGUCGUACGGUAGGAGCUGAUGCUGAGGGAGACAUGGUUGCCUUUGUAUCAGGAUUACUUCUGGGUAAUGAUCAGCAAACUCGCAGCUGGUUUGCGCUGUUUGUUCGCAAUGGACAAAAGCGUAAAUGGGAAUCGCAUACAGCAUUGCAGUUGCUUCGUGAUGAAUUGCUUCGUCGUCUUCAGACCAUUGUGCUGUUUUCUUUAGACAGCCAGCUGCCAGAUUCCUGUGUUGUACAGGCGUCAGCUCUACUAAGAUUAUACUGUGCAUUGCGUGGCAUUGCUGCUAUAAAGUUUCAGGAAGAGGAAGUGUCACUAAUUGUACAGCUUUUGACAUCUCAUCCCCCACCAUCUCCUGCUGGAGUCCGAUUUGUGUCACUGGGUCUUUGCAUGCUCAUUGCUUGUCCCUCUCUCAUCAGUCAACAAGAACAUGAAAAGCGAAGCAUAGAGUGGGUUCAGUGGCUUGUUAGGGAAGAAGCAUAUUUUGAAAGCUCAAGUGGAGUGACAGCAUCAUUUGGAGAAAUGCUGUUGCUUAUGGCAAUCCAUUUCCACAGCAAUCAGCUAAGUGCUAUCUGUGAACUAGUAUGUUCCACCCUUGGAAUGAAAGUACAGAUACGUUCAAACAACAUGACACGAAUGAAACAAAUUUUCACACAGGAGAUUUUUACAGAGCAGGUUGUGACAUCACAUGCUGUGAAAGUGCCAGUUACAGCCAAUCUCAAUGCUGACAUUCCAGGAUUCCUGCCAAUCCAUUGCAUUCACCAGCUGCUGAAGAGCAGAGCAUUCACAAAACACAGGGUGCCCAUCAAGGACUGGAUUUACAAGCAGAUAUGCAGCAGUGUCUCGCCCCUUCAUCCCCUAUUACCAGCUUUAGUGGAGGUUUAUGUCAAUUCUAUAUUGGUACCAAGCUCUAAAGCACACAACUUGGAACAUACAAACCAACCCCUUGAUGAAGAAGAAAUCCAGAGGGUCUUUCAGAAUUCAGUUCCGAAUACACAGUCUGUUGUCGGCAAGAGUGCUGGCAGCCAAAAUGCCGAAGCAGCACCAUCCCUAACAUCACAGUUGUUGCUGCUGUACUACCUGCUGCUGUAUGAAGAUGUCAGACUGGCCAACAUUCAUAACCAUGCAGCUGCCGGUCGCAAAGUGAAGAGUUACUCUGCUGAAUUUCUCGCUGAGCUGCCUAUCAAAUAUUUACUGCAGCAGGCACAGAAAGAUCAACAAAGCUAUGCAGGCCUAUUUUCUCCCUUGUUGAGAUUACUUGCAACACACUUUCCUCACUUGUCUCUUGUUGAUGACUGGCUUGAUGAAGAACCAAGGGUGCAUGUUACUGAGAGCCAUGACCAGGCACCAGUCACAGUAGCUGCCAUAGAAGAAGCAUUCAGCCAUAUUUCCACAUGUCCAUCAAGAACUGCUCAAUUGUUAAGACAGCUGUUAAAUAUGCCAGCAACUAGUGUAUGGCCUUUUGCUGAAACCAUCAUAAGUUAUUUCAAAUCUUUGCUACAUGAGAAUGUACCUCGAUAUAUACAAGAACUGUAUAGAAGAGUAUGGUUACAACUAAACACAGUAUUGCCACGCUGUCUUUGGGUUAUGACAAUCAAUGCCAUCCUUCAUGAGGACCCUGGAGUUAAGAAGGUAUCUCUCACUCAGGAGAAGAUUGUCAUUAAUCCCAUACAGGUUUUAAGAUGUGACAGAAGAGUUUUCAGAUGUGCAAGCAUGCUGGUAAUUAUACUACGAGUUCUUGAGGCAUCACUGGCGGCUUCUCGAAAUUACCUACAGCGGCACCUCCAGGACCAGGCACCUUCCAUUAAUACCUCAUCCAGUGCCCUAGGUGACAAUGAGCGGGAAGAGCUUCGAAAGGCGCUUAUUGCAACUCAAGAUAGCCUUGCUGUGCAGAUGUUGCUGGAGCCAUGUCUUCCAACAGAUGAUGACAGAGAGAAACCUGGACAUUUAUGGGCACUGCGGGAAGUAAGGAGCCUCAUCUGCUCAUUUCUGCAUCAGAUGUUCAUUGCAGAUCCAUCUCUCGCAAAACUUGUGCAUUACCAGGGCUACAACCGAGACUUGCUGCCGGUUACAGUACCCGGCAUACCAUCUAUGCAUAUCUGCCUAGACUUUAUUCCUGAGUUUCUAAGUCAACCAUCUCUGGAGAAGCAAGUGUUUGCUGUUGAUUUGGUAUCCCAUCUAGUUAUUCAGUAUGCAUUACCAAAGUCCUUAAGUGUUGCACGUCUUGCUAUCAAUACAUUAUCAACUUUGCUUGGAGUUCUGCCAAGUGUCUUACGAACUCAGCUCUUCCUGCCAGUCUUACCAGCAUUGGUUCGAAUUUGUGAAGCAUUUCCUCCUCUUGUGGAUGACACUGUCUCCCUUCUGAUGCAGUUGGGGCGUAUAUGUGCUUCUGAAGCAUCUCUCUCCUACCCACGGGACGUCUGUGUUGGACAGUGGUCAAUGUUAUGUGAAGAAGAUAAAGCAAGAACGCAAGCAAACGAUAAGCUCUGUGUUGAAGUUAAACAUACUUUUGACAGCAUACUGAAGAGAGCAGUUCUCAAAACAAAAAAUUAUUAAUGUUAUGGAUGUGUAAGAAAGUGAUAACAUUGUACCUGAUCAGCUGGUAUAUCUAGUAUUUGUCUUCCUUCCUCCACUUUUUGAUAAGAGAGAGUGUUUUAAUUCACCAAAUACAGGAGUGGAAACUGAGAAAUAAUGUUAGUUUUCAUUGCUGACGAUUUCUUUAUGUAUUUUAAAGAAGCACAGAAUAUGUAUUUAACAACUUUUGUAAAUAAAAUUAUGGACGCU